GAAAGGCCGAGCACUGUUUUAGGCGUUGUCACGUUCCUCUUUUGCUGCGCAAGUAUUUCAGCUCUCGACUGCCUCCUGGGCAGCCGGGCGGUUCCGAGAACCGUUGCCCGUUCCGCGCACUCAGCGUGAACAAUUGGCUUUGUUAGUUACGGAGAUAAACUAUCACAUUUGGGUCCGUCGUUGGCCGGCUAGCUUUCGGUGGCCUAGACUUCGGAGACGCAGCUAUACUUCAGGCCGUCAGGGCAGGUCUUCGUAGCCACAUCGCCCGUGAAGAAGCACUAGCUGUACGGCCUUCUGGAGUGCUCUCGCCGUUGGCUGACGUCUACUCGACUUUUCCGUCACGUUCAGGCUCACAAGCUAGACCACACUACACGGGGCACAGGUCGUCCGAAAAAACCCAGCAUCGCCAGGCCCGUUGUCCCGGUUAGGUUUUCCAGUCGUUUUGUCUUCGAGCACGGGUCGGAUCCCUGCCUGGUACAAGGAGUUCGAUGCCUUCAGGAUCUUGCCUGGUCCCUGCAGCUGCCCCUUCCACAGCCUCAAAGCGCCAGCUCCUCCGUGAUAGCCUUUCGGUCCUAGACAUAGGGAGUCCGAUGCCUUCAGGCUGUUGCCUGGGUCCGUUCCCUGCACAUGCCCCUCCACAGCUUCAAAGCUCCAACUCCUCCGUGAGAGCCUACCAAUCCUAGGCAUAGGGAGUCCGAUGCCUUCAGGCUCUUUCCUGGGUCCGUUCCCUGCAGCUGCCCCUUCACAGCCUCAAAGUUCCAGCUCCUCCGUGACAGCCUGUCAGUCCUAGGCCAGGCAGUUCGACGCCUUCAGGCACCUCCAUGCUUCUCUUUCCUGCCGCUCGCCCCUCGAUAGCCUCAAAGCUCCAGUUCCUCUGUGAGAGCCUGUCAGCCUUAAGCCCGAGGAGUCCGAUGCCUUCAGGAUCCUCCCUGGGUCUCUUUCCUGCGGCUUGCCCCUGGAUAGCCUCAAAGCUCCAGUUCCUCUGUGACAGCCUGUCAGUCCUAAGCCCAAUGAGUCCGAUGCGUUCAAGGUCCUCCAUGGUUCUCUUUCCCGCGGGUUGCCCCUCGAUAGCCUCAAAGCUCCAGCUCCUCUGUGUCAGCCUGUCAGCCCUAAGCCCAAGGAGUCCGAUGCCUUCAGGCUUCUUCCUGGGUCUCUUUCCCGCAGCUCGGCCAUCGAUAGCCUCAAAGCUCCAGUUCCCCUGUAACAGCCUGUCAGCCCUAAGCCCAAGGAGUCCGAUGCCUUCAAGAUCCUCCCUGGGUCUCUUUCCCGCGGCUCGCUCCUCGAUAGCCUCAAAGCUCCAGUUCCUCUGUGGCAGCCUGUCAGCCCUAAGCCCAAGAAGUCCGAUGCCUUCAAGAUCCUCCCUGGGUCUCUUUCCCGCGGCUCGCUCCUCGAUAGCCUCAAAGCUCCAGUUCCACUGUGGCAGCCUGUCAGCCCUACGCCCAAGGAGUCCGAUGCCUUCAAGAUCCUCUUUGGGUCUCUUUCCCGCGGCUCGCUUCUCGAUAGCCUCAAAGCUCCAGUUCCUCUGUGACAGCCUGUCAGCCCUAAGCCCGAGGAGUCCGAUGCCUUCAAGAUCCUCCCUGGGUAUCUUUCCCGCGGCUCGCCCCUCGAUAGCUUCAAAGCUCCAACUCCUCCGUGAGAGCCUACCAAUCCUAGGCAUAGGGAGUCCGAUGCCUUCAGGCUCUUUCCUGGGUCCGUUCCCUGCAGCUGCCCCUUCACAGCCUCAAAGUUCCAGCUCCUCCGUGACAGCCUGUCAGUCCUAGGCCAGCCAGUUCGACGCCUUCAGGCACCUCCCUGCUUCUCUUUCCUGCCGCUCGCCCCUCGAUAG